AUGAAGGACCUGGUAGCACUCCAGAUGAGCCGACGUCACAGACUGACUGGAUAUGAUACCAUGAAGAACAAAGACACUGCUCACUCCAACAAACAGAAAAAACACAAUGCCAGCAGUCCACCCCUCUUGGGCAGCCCUGCAAUAACAAACCAGUGUGCCUCUGCAGUGGAGGAAAAAAAAGUUCCGAAUGAUGUAAGGAUAAAGUUUGAACAUAACGGGGAGAGACGAAUUAUCCCAUUUGUCCGUCCCGUGCGCUAUGAAGAUGUGCAACAGAAAGUGAAAACAGCCUUUGGCCAGCCGCUGGACCUCCACUACAUGAACAAUGAGCUAUCUAUUCCUUUGAAAAAUCAAGAUGACCUGGAUAAAGCAGUAGAUCUCUUGGACCGAAGCUCUAAUGUGAAAAGCCUUAGAAUAUUAUUGCUGUCUCAGGACAGAAACCAUACCAGUUCUUCACCCCAUUCUGGACUGCCCAAACAAGUCAGGAUUAAAACUUCCCAAUCUGUGGGGGAUGUGAACAUACCCUAUCAGCAGCCAGAACCCAGAAGUAGGCAUCUGUCUGUCAGUUCCCAGAACACAGGCCGAAGUUCACCACCUCCUGGGUAUGUUCCAGAGAGGCAACAGCGCAUUGCUCGGCAGGGUUCCUACACCAGCAUAAAUAGUGAAGGCGAAUUCAUCCCAGAAACCAAUGAACAGUGUAUGCUGGACCCUUUAAGCAGUGCUGAAAACUCGGUGUCGGGAAGCUGUCAGUCCUUGGACAGGUCAGCAGACAGUCCUUCUUUUCGGAAGUCACGGAUGUCAAGGGCACAAAGCUUUCCUGAUAAUAGACAGGACUUCUCAGAGCGCGAGAAUCAGAUAUAUGACAAAGCGGGGAAAGGUGGGACCUACCCUCGACGCUACAAUGUCUCCAUGCAGCACAAAGACUACAACGAUGGCCGGAGGACAUUUCCCCGGAUACGGCGUCACCAAGGGAAUCUUUUCACCUUGGUCCCUUCAAGUCGUUCCUUAAGCACCAACGGAGAAAACCUGGGCCUGGCGUUGCAGUACCUGGACCCCCGGGGCCGCCUGCGGAGUGCCGACAGUGAAAACGCGCUUGGUGUGCAGGAGAGGAACAUUCCUACCAAAUCUCCGAGUGCUCCAAUAAACUGGCGACGAGGAAAGCUGCUGGGCCAGGGUGCCUUUGGUCGUGUGUAUUUGUGCUAUGAUGUGGACACGGGCAGAGAGCUUGCAGCUAAGCAAGUUCAGUUUGACCCAGAGAGUCCUGAAACAAGCAAGGAAGUGAGUGCCCUGGAGUGUGAAAUUCAGCUGCUGAAGAAUCUCCAGCACGAACGUAUUGUUCAGUAUUAUGGCUGCUUACGGGAUCGAGCAGAGAAGACCUUGACCAUCUUCAUGGAGUACAUGCCAGGGGGGUCAGUGAAAGACCAGCUGAAGGCGUAUGGUGCUCUCACGGAAAAUGUAACCCGGAAAUACACUCGCCAGAUUCUCGAGGGAGUCUCGUACCUUCACAGCAACAUGAUUGUGCACAGGGACAUUAAGGGAGCCAAUAUUCUCCGUGACUCUGCUGGGAAUGUGAAGCUUGGGGACUUUGGGGCCAGCAAACGGCUGCAGACAAUCUGUAUGUCUGGAACAGGCAUCCGCUCUGUCACUGGCACGCCAUAUUGGAUGAGCCCGGAGGUGAUCAGCGGAGAAGGCUAUGGAAGAAAAGCAGACGUAUGGAGCCUGGGUUGUACUGUUGUGGAAAUGCUGACAGAGAAACCGCCCUGGGCAGAGUACGAAGCCAUGGCAGCCAUUUUCAAAAUCGCCACCCAACCAACCAACCCCCAGCUCCCCUCUCACAUAUCAGAACAUUGCCGGGACUUUCUAAAGCAGAUCUUUGUGGAAGCCAGGCACAGACCCUCUGCUGAAGAGCUGCUCAGACAUCAGUUUGCACAGCUCCAGUACUGAAUUACCUCCCUCGCUAGCAGCUCCUGCUGGGCUUUCGGUGCCCCGUCUGGUCUAGUUGCAACUGCCCGUUGUGGUGCUGCAUCUUCAAAAUGCCAACUCAGCUGUCCUAGUCCUUUGGGGA